AAUUGCGUGUUUAAUACCUUGCUAUGCACUCCAUGAUGUUCGCCUUCAUAAGGGUUCUUUUCAACUCUUAAGUGAGAAUCAGUGAGUGACAGCACUGACAGGAGAGGAUUUUACCCUAAAACUCGUCCCAUAUUCAUUUUUCCAGUGGGAUUUGAAGAUGGUUUGGUUAUUUUUUCUUCUCUCUCUCAUUUCGUCUUCAACUGUUGCAGGUCAGGAAACAGUGGAGUUCUUAACGCUCUAUGACUCAACUGCACAGGCGCUUCAUAAUUUACCUGAUAAUGGUUUUCCUGUGGCAGUUCAAGUGGAAAACCAGUACCUUAGGAAUGUUUCAAAUACUGUUCUGAUGGCUGAAACUUGGGUCCGGGCCCAUGUUUUAUCACACUAUCCAGCCACCAAUAUAACCUCCAUUGUUGUUGGUUACGAUUUGUUGUGCAAAAAUGAUCGAGAAACUAUGUCGGUUCUGUCUGCCAUCAAGAACAUUCACUAUUCCCUCACGAGGUGGGGUUUGCAGAAUGAUAUUAAAGUCUCUUCCGCCUUUUCUUCCAACUGUUUGGACUUCAAAUCUGGAACUUACCGGGUUGAUUUGGCUGAAAAUUAUAUCAAACCUAUACUCAACAUUUUGCAAGAGAUAAACUCUCCCUAUUUUGUGAACCCAACUUCAAAUCCUCAUACCUCAUAUGAUGAAACCAUGAGUUUCUUUAAAAUCCAUUCAAAAUCAAUGAGAAAUCUUGGGAUUCAUCUGAACAAAAUAUAUGUGAUAAUUAGCAGUCCAAGAAAUACGAAACCCACUAGCAGAAAACUCGCAUUUUUUGAUUACAGCAGUUUAAUAGGUUCACUUCCGGCAAGGCCUAAACAAAUAUCCCCAUCUCCUGCACCCAUUGGUUUUUCUGAACCAGCUUUUGCGGCAGGAAGCCCUUUACCUCCACUAAUAGGCAAAGUCUCGCCCCCACCAUUGACACUUCCCUUAGCUCCUUCACUGCCACCCAUGGUCAAUCCUAGUGCACCUCCAUUUGGGCCCCAUUUGCCUCCAUGUAAUCCAUCUGGUGAUGCCGGUUCAGCUGCUGCACCGGUAGCAGCAGGGGUGCAAAAUGGGCUGUGGUGUGUGGCAAAGCCUAGUGUGCCACCAGAGACACUUCAGGAGGCACUGGACUAUGCCUGUGGAGAGGGCGCUGCUAAUUGUGAAGCUAUCAGGCCUCAAGGGCAUUGCUAUUUCCCUGAUACCAUUGUAGCACAUGCCUCUUUUGCUUUCAAUAGUUAUUGGCAGAAGAACAAGAAAAAUAGUGGUUCUUGUGGCUUUGGAGGGACUGCUAUGCUCAUCAAUACUGAUCCCAGUUAUAAUCACUGUCGAUUCAUUCUUGUCUAGAGGCAUCAGUUGAAGUUGAAGAUGGACCAUAUGUCGACUACUUUGGCUACUUUUUUGCUUUUGGGGCUUUUGAUUUUAAAGUGAAUUAAUUCAGACAGCCCCUUUAUUCGUGAAUCUGUAUUUUAGUUGCCUGUUAUGUAAAAGAACUUAGGAUUCUACGAGCAGCAAAAACUCUGUUUUGAGUUGUUUAAUGAUUAUGUCUAUGUUGACAGCACUUAAGUCUUUGACGA